AUGGUCCGGGGACCCGCAACAGUGCGAGUUCACACCAAAACUGAGACGAAGGCGGCCCGGGUCAUCAAUGAGAAGCACUGCACACGCUGGACAACCUCCACACAAACCAGUGCCAUUCCUCCCAGCAAGAAGCUCUACAACAGCAAUGCGGGCCGUGUCACACCCUUGAUGAAGUGGGUCCAGAGAGGCCCCACGAGAGGUAGCUUCCUCACACUGCAGGAAGAGGAGAGAGAAAGGAGAGGUCAUUAUAUUACUCAGGUCUCAGCACAGGAUCAGGGGAUCAUCAAAGUGGACCAAGACACUCAGGAAAUGUUGAAGCUCUUGGACUUUGGCCGUCUGUCCAACCUACAGGCCACUCAGCCCACAGUUGGGAUGAAUUUUAAAAUGCCUCUUUAUGAGUUGCAGGAGGACAUCAAGGACAUCGUGAAGAAAGCAAAAAGCGAUGAAAGAAAGACAAGCCCCAAAUGGGUGUCAGAAAAAACUAAAGCUUGCUCUUGA